GAUUGUUUUUUUAUUUUAUUUUGGUAGAUUUUCCGCACUUGGCGUUUUGUACAGGGUGUCCAAAAAGUCGGGUUCUGUCCUGGUCUUCAUAAAAAAACCCAGCUUGAUUGAUAUUACUCUUUAAUAAACGCUUGAAUUGAGCUUCUUCAUCUACCGAACAAGCAUCGACUCUCUCAUGAACGAUGUCUUUUAUCCGUUUGGGUGUUCCAGGUGUGAUCUUUAACACUCCGUAGUUAGUGCUUUCUUCAAAUCGUCAGUUCCCGUGCUUGUAGAAGGUUUUUGGGAAGGUGCGGCGAAAUUUGGGACACUUUGUAUAAGACAAAGUACUUUCCUGGCCCGCACUUAUCCCUCUCUCAGUCAUCUGACCCUCUGAAUAAAAAAAGUUUGAGACCUGUACUAGAUGAACUAGUUUGGCGUAACCCGUUCUAUAGCAGGCAUCACCCAGACGUACGGGCCGUGCUGACUCAUCUGUGACCGUUGUAAGGAGUUGACUGUCUUCACUCGACUGUGUCGCGCCGAAAGACACGAACACACUUUUGUCGAAAGACACGAACACACCAGGGUUUUGUAGGCUUGAGAGUUUGUGGGUGUGCGUUUUUCCGGUCGGCUAACAGUGCGUAGUGUAUCCGAACAUAAAAUUCACUGUGUUAAAGAGUGUGUGCCAAUGAGGAUGCAAAUAUAAUUUAUAGAAACGGGUGUAUAACUUAGUUGCAUGAUGAGAAGAUGCAACCUGAUUCAGACAAGGAGUGAUAUCGGUAAAGAUCUUCUGUUGAAAUCUAGAUCUAGUUGUCUGAGGUGAAAGAAUGCGGUGCUUUAAUCUCACAGGCUUUGCGCUGGCCGCAUUUGUCCUGUGCAUGAACACAGUCAGCAGCAAUGCAUUCCUUCGUGUGUGUUACUACACGAGCUGGUCCCGACACCGUACCUCAGAACUCUCCAAAUUCGACAUAGGAGAUAUCGACCCCACGCUGUGCUCUCACCUCAUCUACGCUUUUGCGGAGAUCGACAAGACCAAAAUGGAAGUGGUUGCGGGAGAGCCAGCGGUUGAGGAAAACAAGGCGGAUGGGUCAGGGAGAUAUCAGCAGUUCAAUGCUCUGAAGGAAAAACAUCCCACACUGAAGACACUUUUGUCUAUAGGGGGAGAACAUGCGGGAUCGGACAAAUUCAUUGCAGUUACAAGUACAGAAACAAUCGCUAAACGUUUCGCGGCGACCACUGUCGACUUUUUGAAGGCCCACGGGUUUGAUGGUCUAGAUGUGGAUUGGGAAUAUCCGACCCCUAAUACUAAACAGACUUAUGUGACAUUGCUUAAGGUAUUGAGGGAGGCGUUUGACGCUGCAAACCCCAAACCUUUACUGUUUGUGGCUACAGCUGCGGGCAAGUGGACCAUUGACGGUGGAUAUGAUGUAGAGGCUGUCGCCAGGUCUGUCAGCUUCUGAGGCAGGAUGGGACUCAAAAAUUUUUUGACAGUAACCAAAAAGUGCCUUACGCUGUCCACGAUUACGAUUGGGUGGGUUAUGAAGACCCCGACAGUGCACAACUUAAGGUGAAGUACAUGAUCGAGAUGGGUGUUGCAGGCUGGAUGUUCUGGUCUCUGGACCAGGAUGACUUCACAGGCAAAGCUUGCAACAACCAGAAAUAUCCAAUCCUUCGAGUAAUGAAUUUCGAAGCUGGAUUACCCGCGCCAACUGAUGGAGACAACAAUAAUAACAACAACGACAACAAUAACAACGACACUACCAAUGUUAAUCCCACUGAUACUACGACUGACAACAACAACAACAACAACAACAACAACAACGGCAAUACCAAUGUUAAUCCCCCUGAUACUACCCCUGACAACAACAACGACCCUGACGGCGCCAACAUAACACACAGUACAGAGAUGUGGUGCUUGGUAGCAAUUGCCUUAAUCUCUCUACUGACCACGAAUGUAUUGCUCAUGUAGAAAGUCACUCAACUUGCUAUUGUGACUAAUAUUACGGUCUUUGGAGAGAUAGAAAUUGUCAUUGUCGAUUUUCUGUUCGGAGACACAACAGUCAAGCACACUCUGUAAGUGUUAGUAUUACCCAUUGUUGACUGAGAAUAUUUAACAUAGUAUUCAGUUUUAUAAAUAUGUUAUUAAUAACAGAAAGUUAUUGUUUUUGUUAUUUUCCUUAAUUAUGGAAAAAAUUAAAAUAUUCUUCAUCU